AUGGCUGAAGCUCUGGACAAUCAGGUUAAGAACAAGGUAUUUAUUAAGGUGCUUUUGGCUAAACUAUGUGAAGGAACAUCAGAAGUGAAUGCAAACAAUGGCACCAUCAGUGGUGUUCUUGUAACUGUGGGAUAUCUUGCUAGAGUGGGUGCUUUUGUUAAGAGAAAAUGUAUCCCUGAACUUAUGCCAAGAACUGUUGAAGCUUUGUUGGAUGGAGCUGCUGCUACUAAACGUGAGGUUUCUGUUGCAACUGUUGGUCAGUGUGUGAUGUCAUCGGAUGUUGCCAUGGCUCAAUUCCGUUUUCUUAUCCCCAUUUUGUUAGUCCCCGGACAUUGGAAUUACCAAAGAAUGGGUUACAUGAUCCUCUAUAAUUUCUAUAGAAACACAGUUUUUGUCCUUGUUUUAUUCUGGCAACUUCUUCUCUUCAUCUCCCUCCAAUCAAAAAAGCAUUCGUUUUCUAAUUUCUACAACUCUAUACAGGAUGUUGAUAUGCUAUACAACACCUUAUCACUAGACAAAGUAGAAGCUCCAGAAGAUCUUGUUAUCAUUGGUCCACCUAGCCUCGUUAAGGUAACAACAUAUCUGUUGUGCAAAACCCUACUUGCUGAAUUUAUAUUCCAUUCAUCAUCUAGAAACUAG